AGACUUCUAGUCCAGCUCAAGCGCAGGAGCUUUUCGCCAGCGAGGCACCGAGUGCUAGCAGCUUGUUCGGAGGCAGUGCUUCGUCACCGUUCCAGGUUACCUCUUCUCCUCCUCCUCCUCCGCCGCCGCCGCAACAGCCUCAGGCUAACGCCUCGCCUUCGCCGGCCAAGCCUCAGACCAGCGUCCCGCCCUCGCCAGUGAAGCCUCCGGUCGGCGUGCCGCCCUCUCCUGCUAAAUCUCCUGUGAAUGUCCCGCCUUCGCCAUUGAAGCCCCCAGUUCCGCCGCCUUCGCCGAUGGUUAACGCCUCCUCGCCACCGAUGAGACCACAGGUUACCGUCCCCGAGUCGCCAGUAAUGAGACCCGAGGACCAUCUCACACCCGCGUUCGGUUCCAUGAAGCUCACAACGCCGGCCAAAUCCCCCUUCAAGUCUGGACUCGACGUGAGGCACAUGAAAUUCCCUGCCGGCAAGCGCGACGACGACGCCAUGUCCAACGCCCCGAGUAUUGCUCCGAGCCGGAUGUCGAUGCUCUCGACUCUGGACGACUCGCUCAAACUGUCCGACAUGUACAAGCAAAUGACUGCGCGGCUGGAGGGCGAGAAGCACGACUUGCUCAAGGUGGUGGCCAGCCAGGCUCAGGAGAUAGCUCAGAUGAAGAAGCACAUCAAAUCCUUAGAGCUGCAGCUGAAGAAAUACCGGCCCCAAGACGCAUAG